CAAGUUUUAUAAUUCUAGGCCCAAGUAUGAUUCACCCUUUCCCUUCAUAAAUGGGAAUGUUACGUUUAAAUCAGACCUAAAAUGAUCUAGUAAAUGUCUAGUGACGUGAUUUAUUUAAAACGUUAACUAGAGCUAACGAUCAUUCUUGCCGUGACACUUUUGUUUUGAAAGAACCGUGUGCUAUAUCAAGGUUUUAGCAGCUGCAGCUAGCUCAAACAGCGACAAACCUCAUCAUGGCAGCCGAGUGCGAUGUUUUGUCUGAAAUCGAGGUGCUGCAGUCCAUCUAUCUGGAUGAACUGCUGGUCAACAGGAAAGAAGAAGGGUGCUGGGAGGUGAGCCUGGUCCUGUACCCGUCCACAGCAGAGGACUCUGUCUCACAGUUUGUCCGCCUCACCCUGACUCUGACCCUGGAUCAGCAGUAUCCCUCGUCUUCUCCAGCAAUAUCCAUUCGUAACCCUCGGGGGCUUUCUGAUGACAAGAUCAGUAGUGUCCAAAAGUGUCUUCAGUUGGAGGCUCAGUCCUGUCUGGGUUCACCCGUGCUGUAUCAGCUCAUUGAGAAAGCUAAAGAAAUCCUGACUGAAAGCAAUAUUCCUCAUGGAAACUGUGUCAUUUGCCUCUAUGGCUUUAAGGAGGGAGAGACGUUCUCCAAGACGAGCUGCUACCACUACUUCCACUCCCACUGCCUCGGCCGCUACGCCAGCCACGCAGAGAGGGAGCUCCAGCAGAGGGAGCGCGAGUUAGAGGAGGACAAGACCCGGGACCACACCCAGCGUCAGGAGCUGACUGUGGUGUGUCCAGUGUGUAGAGAGCCGCUGUCGUAUGACGUGGACCAGCUUCUGUCCUCGCCUGCACCCCAGCUGCCCGAGCUGGACGAAGUGGUGAUUGGUUCAAAAUUUCAGCAGAAGUGGUGCAAGCUGCAGAAGCUUCUGGAGAGGCAGCGGUCUAAAGGGGGGAUCAUUGACCCGGAGGUGGAAUCAAAUCGAUUUCUCAUCCAUACCAACGAGGUGAGAAUGAAUCUGAAAUGAUAUGGCCACACAUUUA